UGGCUCUUCGCCCAGUGCGGACGUGUUUUUCUCGCUUUCCACCGCUUUUCACGCGUUGUGCGUCCAAAAACUGCAAAACGGAAAAAUCCAAAAUAAAAAAAAAUUAAAAAUAACACAAGAAAACCUCAAACCAAAAUCAAACCAAAGCCAAUUAAACCAGCAAAACGAAAUCAAUUGUUAAACCACCUAAACGAAUAUUUAGUGAGCAUUUAAGCCAUAAUUUACUAAAAGAAAUAUAUAAACAUAUAUUUAUUAAACUUAAAACCUAUAAUUGUUAAUCCAAUUUAUAUAAAAAAGCUAAAUUUUACCUUGCUGUAAUGAGCAACCCGCUAAGAGUAAAUCGAUAAGAAAUUUAAAAAUAAAUCAAUCAAUCUCCGUAAAUGUCUAUAACCAAACACUGCCAAUGUGAACCCAUCUAUUUAAAAAAGGAAUAACCAACCUGAAGAUAACCGAAAACAAACGUUAACGAGCAUUUAAGAGGUCACAGAAGUAACUGUAACUGUAACAGCAACUAACGGUAACUGGGUCAGUAGGCAGAGCCCAAGUAACGCCCCCUCAUCGAGGGCUUCCUCGAGCACCCUCUCCAUCCUUCUACGCCCCCCAACUUGUUUCAGUGUGACCUUGGACCAUGAACUCCUCUAGCGGCGAUGAUGAGGCGCCAAAGGAUCCGCGCACUGGCGGCGAGGAUUUUACGCAACAAUUUACAGAAAAUGAUUUCGAGGGACAUCGGGCCCACACCGUUUAUGUGGGCGUCCAUGUGCCAGGAGGACGACGCCACUCGCAGCGCCGGCGCAAGCACCACCACAGCGGCCCCGGAGGGGGUGGCACGGGGGGCAGUGUGGGCGGUGGUGGCUCCCUCGGCGGAUCCGGAAGUGUGGGCGGUGGUGCGGGCAAGGACAACGUCAGCGAGAAGCAACAGGAAGUGGAGCGACCAGUGACUCCUCCGGCCCAGCGCGUUCAGUUCAUACUCGGCGAAGAUGUGGACGACGGCACACAUGUAUCGCACCCCCUGUUUUCCGAAAUGGGGAUGCUGGUGAAGGAGGGCGACGAGAUCGAGUGGAAGGAGACGGCUCGAUGGAUCAAAUUCGAAGAGGAUGUGGAGGAGGGUGGCAAUCGGUGGUCGAAGCCCCACGUGGCCACCCUCUCCCUUCACUCCCUCUUCGAGCUGCGUCGCCUGCUGGUCAACGGAAGUGUGAUGCUGGACAUGGAGGCCCACAAUCUGGAGGUGAUGGCCGAUCUGGUCUGCGAUCACAUGGUCAGUGCAGGAACCCUGCCACCCGGGGUCAAGGAUAAGGUCAAGGAUGCCCUCCUGCGACGUCAUCGUCAUCAGCACGAGUAUGCCAAAAAGACGCGACUGCCCAUUAUACGAUCCCUGGCCGAUAUGCGCAAUCAUUCGUCAUCGAAAAACCUGGGCAAGAGCACUCCACUGCACUCACUGCAUGGCUCGGCAGGUGGCCUGGAACCGACUGGAAAUUCCCAGACACCCCUCUAUGUGUCGAGUAAGGAUCAGCGUGGUUGUUAUCUCGCUGUUCCCACAGUUGAAGAGCACUCUGGCAACACAUUGGGGGCCACAACUCCGAUUUCCCUAACGGCCAGCGAACCGGGACCGCCCGGAUCCAAUGGAAACCCAAGUCUUAGCACCGCUGCCAGCGGCAUGGGUCGCUUCCUAACGGUGCCCAGUGGAAAACCCAGCAACAGAACGCUCGAGGACAUGGUCAAGAGCCCGAGCAACCAGUCGAUGGCCCGGCCAGGAAGUGGAUCCGAGCUCAGCGAGCAGCAGCACAAGGGCAACACCCACUUCAUGAGAAAGAUCCCACCGGGCGCCGAGGCCAGCAACAUCCUCGUGGGCGAGGUGGACUUCCUGGAGCGCACCCUAUCCUGCUUCAUCCGCCUGAGCCAGGCGGUGGUCCUGGGCGAUCUCACCGAGGUGCCCGUACCCACAAGAUUCGUCUUUAUCCUGCUUGGUCCGCCCGGCAGUCAGAGCAACUUCCAUGAGAUCGGCCGGGCAAUGGCCACCCUGAUGUCCGACGAGAUCUUCCACGAGGUAGCGUACCGAGCUCGCAAGCGGGAUCACCUGCUGUCCGGAGUGGACGAGUUCCUUGAUGCAGUUACCGUGCUGCCGCCGGGCGAAUGGGAUCCCACCAUUCGGAUUGAGCCACCGGCGGCCAUUCCCUCCCAGGAAGUGCGCAAGCGUCCCCCAGAGUUGCCCAAGGAGGAGGUGGACGAGGAGGAGGAGGAGGCGCGCCUGAGGGAGGAGAACGGUCUGUCCCGGACGGGCCGACUCUUUGGAGGCCUCAUCAACGACAUCAAGAGGAAGGCACCCUGGUACCUUAGUGACUACAAGGACUCCCUGUCCAUGCAGUGUGUGGCCUCCUGGAUCUUCCUGUACUUCGCCUGCCUGUCCCCGAUCAUUACGUUCGGCGGUCUGCUGGCGGAGGCCACUGGCAAGCACAUGGCUGCCAUGGAGUCCCUGGUGUCCGGGUUCGUUUGUGGCAUGGGCUAUGGCUUCUUUUCGGGUCAGCCGCUGACAAUUCUCGGGUCCACCGGUCCAGUCCUGGUCUUCGAGUCAAUUAUCUACGAGUUCUGUCUGAAGAUGGGCUGGGAAUAUAUGACCUUCCGGUUCUGGAUCGGCAUGUGGGUCGCCGGCAUUUGUAUCGUUCUGACCGCGAUUGAUGCCAGUGCCCUCGUCUGCUACAUCACCCGUUUCACCGAGGAGAAUUUCGCCACCCUGAUCGCGUUCAUCUUUAUCUACAAGGCCAUUGAGAAUGUGAUGGUUAUCGGUAAGAACUUUCCGGUCAAUCAGGGGAUAUACGACUGUGUCUGUACACCGCCAAUCGGGAGCAAUGCCAGUGUGAUCGAGUAUGCCAAGUACAAUUGGGACUAUUGUGAGUCCUACAAUGGCACCUUGGUUGGUGGAGACUGCGGCAGCCCGCCCACCGAAAACGUUUUCCUUAUGUCGGUGGUUCUCUGCGCCGGCACCUUCCUCAUUUCCACCGUUUUGAAGGAGUUCAAGAACGCCCUUUUCUUCCCCUCGAUCGUUCGCCAGUACAUUAGCGAUUUCUCCGUGCUGAUCGCGAUUUUCGCCAUGAGUUUCUUUGACUAUUCGCUGGGUGUGCCCACCCAGAAACUGGAGGUCCCCAACGAGUUGAAGCCCACACUUAGCACCAGGGGUUGGCUCAUACCGCCAUUCUCCGAGAAGAACCCCUGGUGGUCGCCGAUAAUUGCCGUCUUUCCCGCCCUGCUCGGAACCAUCCUGAUCUUCAUGGACCAACAGAUCACGGCCGUAAUUGUGAAUCGCAAAGAGAACAAACUGAAGAAGGGCUGUGGCUACCAUCUGGAUCUGUUCAUCCUCUCGAUUCUGAUCGCCAUUUGCAGCGUGAUGGGUCUACCUUGGUUCGUGGCUGCCACCGUGCUGAGCAUCAACCACGUGAACUCGCUGAAACUGGAAUCGGAGUGCUCGGCCCCUGGCGAGAAGCCACAGUUCCUGGGAGUGCGCGAGCAGCGGGUGACCCACAUUCUGAUCUUCCUGACCAUCGGCGGCUCCGUGCUGCUGACCCCGCUGCUCCGUCACAUUCCCAUGCCAGUUCUGUUCGGCGUCUUUCUUUAUAUGGGCGUGGCCUCGCUCAAGGGUCUGCAGUUCUUCGAUCGCAUACUUAUCAUGUUCAUGCCGGCCAAGUACCAGCCGGACUAUAUGUUUCUGCGCCAGGUUCCCAUCAAACGCGUCCACUUGUUCACCAUUAUUCAGCUGGCCUGUCUCAUUAUUCUGUGGCUGAUCAAGUCCUUCUCGCAGACCUCGAUCCUGUUUCCCCUGAUGCUGGUGGUGAUGAUUGGUAUACGAAAGGCCCUGGAUCUGGUAUUCACUCGUCGCGAGCUGAAGAUUCUGGACGACAUAAUGCCGGAGAUGACGAAGCGGGCGGCGGCAGAUGACCUGCACAAACUGGACGCUGAGGACAAUCACCAUCAGCAUCAUCCGAGUUCCGGUACCGGGGCCAACUACAAUGCCGAUAAGUCGGGUCCCACCACCAUUCACAUACCCCUAUCGGGGAACAAGCCCGGAAACAAUGGACCCACACUGAACAUUCCCCAGGAGGCUGUCAAUCGCACCACAGUCUGGCAGCAGAUAAACAAGGAUGGCAAUGGGAUCUCGGAGCAACUGAUCAUUCCGGUCACCCUCAAAGUCCGUCAGAUCAAUGGCAACCAUGCCCCCCCGAGUGCCGCCCUCUCGCCACGCCUCUCGCCCAUGCACGAGGCGGAUGAGUACAGUGAGGCCCCGACAAACAGUCCGGGGCAUCCCACGGGAACUCAGCAGCAGCCGCAGCAGCAGCAGCAUCAUCAGCAACAGCAACAGCAGAUCAGCAAUUGCAAGGAGGCGGCUGCCAAACUCGAAGGAUCCUCCUUGGCCAACAGCCAGAUCAGUCCGGCCAACAUAACACCCGUCUAAAGAUCCCGAAAACGUCGACGGAUUUAAAGCGAACAAAGCACAAAGAACACACACAUCUAUGUAUCUCUAGUUGGUCAUUCACAGCCGUAUCAUAAUCUCUAUUUACUAUAUAUCGUAGUAGUUAGUUAACCCAGGGGACGUUUUUUUGGUAACGUUUUUUAGCUGUGCCAGUAGAGGGGUAAAUCUUUUGAUCUGGGGCUCAGGUGCAAGAUAUACAAGUAUUACUUAUAUGAUAUAAAAAUACGAUAUUCUGUAGAGAACAAAAGCAUUCCAAAUAUACACUUUUGAAACGAAUUUUAUAGAGUCAAUUUCAUCGAGGAGGGUGCAAAGAAGCCAAAGCCACAGAACAGAAACAGAAACCAUCGGUUCUCCGGUGUUUGUCCAAUUUCCCUACUAUAUUCUCCACUUUGACUUGGUUAGCUAAAGCGAAUUGUGUGUUUUAUGGGGCUCAUUUAUCGAACUGUGAUCUGAUGGGUAUAUC